AUGUCACAUAGCUGUGAGCAUGAGCAUGAGAAUUCUCAUGAGCAUGGACAUGAGCAUUCUCCUCCAUUAGUAACGAAUGAGGCCCAAUCACUGUAUAAAUACAUUAAUACACCGCAAGUGCGCUGUCUGAAUGCAGUGGGCCGUGGAUCUAACGAACUAAGUUCGUGCUUUAUCAAAAGCCAGCAAGAGAAGUAUAAUACGUCCAGAUUUUUAGAAAGUGACGCAGAUUGCCAGAUGAUCUUGCAUAUCCCAUUGACGGGCGUGUGUCGUGUCUUUUCGUGCAUAUUCCGGUUCGGAUGUGGUGACAACGGUGGGAUUGGGUCACCCAAAACCAUCAAGCUAUUCAAGAACUUCACCAAAAGCAUUGAUUUUGACAACCUACUGGAUUCGAAGCCACUGCACACACUGGAAAAUCCAGAAAAUGUCGGGAUCGACGUUCAGAGCGCUACGGGAGGAGGAGACGAAGACGAAGAAGCUGAUGAUGUUGGGUUUUCGGAGCACCAAUUACCGCGCCAGCAUUUCCAAAACGUGGAAUCAAUCACACUAUUUGUGGAAAACAACUGGAGCGGCGACGAAGACGAUCUGACCCGAUGUUUCUACAUCGACCUGCGAGGCGAAUUUGUCAACAACAAAAGAAGCGACGACGGACUUCCCUUGUUGGCGGUGUACGAAGCGGCUCCUAACCCGUUGGACCACCAAAAAAUCGAAAACGAGUUUGGAGGCUCUACGGUGGGUAUGUGA